ACAUCACACACCGCACAAGAUGGCUCACAGAUUAUUGAUCCAAGUUGCCGUCACUGGCGCCCAGGUUUUCGGCCGUGCUUUCACGGAGGCCUACAAACAGGCUGCCGCCACCACCGCUAAACAGUCUGCCUCCAGGGCUGCACGCGCCACCAACAACGGGAUGCCGGUGGAUGAAGCAUGCAACAUUUUGAACAUCGAACAGAAGGAUUUGACCUUGGAUAAGGCCCAGGAGAAGUACGACUACUUGUUCAACAUCAACGCUAAGGAAAAUGGUGGUUCCUUCUAUUUGCAGUCGAAGGUCUACAGAGCUAUGGAGCAGUUGAAGAGCGAGAUCGAGUUUGCGCAAGCGGUCAGAGAGGAAGAAGCAGCCGCUAAAGCUGAGAGCGCCGAGGGAGGCGCUGAGAAAAAGAAAUAAACCCGUUACACAGCUUCAUAGCCCCACCCACACCACAUAUCUUUCAGAUACCUGCAUCCUCAGAGAGCCAUAUGUAUAUAUAGCUGGUUGCUCUGACUCCGCCCAAAGCUGUGGUACACGUUCAUUGUAUAUAGUACCGCCUUUCUCCUUAAUGGUUGUUUUUUUAGUCUCGCUCUCGUAUGCGAAUGCAUUCCCAAUCAGUGACGUGUAGGUAGGAAAGGGCCAUUCUCGUAUAGUUUAUCUUUCAGAUAAUGAAAUAGCAAUUAUCAUAUAAAAAGCACUGCAUGCCGUCAUUGUCAUUGCUUUAUUAAACGAACCUGUUUGACUU